UGGUGGCAAUGGUGGAGGUGCUGGUGGUUGUAGGGCUCUCCCUGCGGCGCUGAGCAGCCGGGCCACGCUCACCUGGCCGCCUCCUGCAGCCCGCCCGCCGCCCGCGCCGCUCAGUCGGUAAAGAGUUCUCUUGUGUGACGGACCUGUGGCGGUGUGCUCGACAGGCCGGUCCCUGUGUGUCGGCAGCGGCGCGUUGUGUGCUUUUUCGUCUUUGUGUGUGCGUGUGUGUGUGUUACGGUGUUGUUUGGUGGUGGUUACCUCCCCUCCCCCGGCAGCCCUGCCAUGUAAGGAGGACUGAUGCCGAGUCGCGGGUUCUUUUCCCGGGCGGUGCACUCCAGCAGCUCGGUGAAGCCUGGGCCCGCGUCCCUUCCCCCUACCCAUAACCCUCAUCCCCUCUACCCGCCUCCAGCCUCCCCCGUCAAAAAUGGUUGGUGGGGAGUUCCACCCUGGCUCCAGCGGGGCAGCAAGGGCCUGCCCCGUCACAGCUCGGGGCCUAUCCCCCAGGUGGUGCCCUCAGGGCCUUCCUCAUUCCCCAGCACGCUGCCUGGAACCUUGCCCGGCACCUUGCCAGGCUCAAUGGGCGGAGGACACCCCGCCACCUUCACGAGCACCUUGCCGGGACGCACCAGCCACCACCCUUACUACAUGCAUCACCAACACCCUCAGCACCACCAGCUACAUCACCAACACCGCUAUUCAAAACACCAGCUGAAGGUUGAGUACAAACACCAGGUCAAAGGGGAAGCCAAACACGGACACAGGGCUGACCCGCCUCAAAAGAACGUCCCGCUGACCCCUCAGCAUCAUGGCGGGUCUUCUCGGCCGCCCUCCGUCAUGGGGUCGCGGCCACGCACACCCCACGACCUUCCCGGCCUGAGUAACGGAUCCAGCAGUGGACCCCACUCGCUGCCCACAGCGUGGCCUCCCAUGGAGGACCUGCGGGACCCCCAACUAAUCGCCGCCUCCUCUCCAGCUCACAGCGUCUCCGAUCUCUCUGCAAAAUCUGAGGAAAAGCACAGCGUUGAGAAAAAGCUUCGGGAGGAAAAGGAGCCGGGAGAAGUGGAGCUCAAUCAGCUGAAGGUGGACCCAGAGCUGAUCUUCACCAAGCAGGAGAGGAUUGGGAAGGGGUCGUUUGGAGAGGUCUUCAAGGGGGUGGACAAGCGGACAACACAGGUGGUGGCCAUCAAGAUCAUAGACUUGGAGGAGGCUGAGGAUGAGAUUGAAGACAUUCAACAGGAGAUUAUGGUGCUCUCCCAGUGUGACUCCCCCUAUGUCACCAAGUACUAUGGCUCCUACCUCAAAGGCACUAAACUAUGGAUCAUCAUGGAGUACCUGGGAGGAGGGUCUGCCUUAGACCUAAUGAAGGCAGGAAGUUUUGAGGAGAUGCACAUAGCAGUCAUUCUAAGAGAGGUGAUCAAGGGACUCGACUACCUUCAUUCUGAGAGGAAGCUCCACAGGGAUAUCAAGGCGGCCAAUGUCUUGCUCAGUGAGAUGGGAGAUGUCAAACUGGCUGACUUUGGUGUAGCAGGACAGCUGACCAACACCACCAGCAAAAGGAACACUUUUGUCGGCACACCUUUCUGGAUGGCACCUGAAGUCAUCAAACAGUCAGCUUAUGACUCCAAGGCUGAUAUUUGGUCGUUGGGCAUCACUGCCAUUGAGCUGGCCAAAGGGGAGCCUCCAAACAGUGAUCUUCAUCCAAUGAGAGUGCUCUUCCUCAUCCCCAAAAACAAUCCUCCUCAGCUCACUGGCAACUAUAGCAAGCCUUUCAAGGAGUUUGUUGAGGCUUGCCUCAAUAAAGAUCCAGAAAAUAGACCAACUGCAAAAGAAUUGCUCAAGUUCCCAUUUAUUAGGAAGGCUAAGAAGAAUGCAUACCUCAUGGACCUCAUUGACAGAUACAAGUCUUAUAAGAAAAACAACACGGACACUGACACCGAUUCUGAUCCCUCUGAUUCUGAGGAUAGCCGAGUGGAGAGCGAUGUGGAAGAUCCAGCUUGGAUAAUGACAGUAAGAGGUCCCCCAGGAGGUCUCUCCCCAACCAGUAUGCAGGAAGGGUCGCCAUCCACCACCUCUACUUCACCACUCUCUUCAUCACCCCUUGAAUAUAAUAGUGUGCCAGCUUCUUCAACAUCUUCCCUCACUCACUCUCCACCUAAGGAGAACAAUGGGGUCAUUUUUAGAGAGAAAGCCUCAUCCCCAACUCGUCCAACUGCAAUUGCACCUCCUCCUCCCAAUGAUAAUGAGAAACGCAGAGACACUCGUCACAUGGAUCACAGAACCUCAAGGGACCUAGACCUGUCUCCACGUUCUACUGAGCCACACACAAAUGGUGAUGACACCCAUAUGGCUAACCUGGCUGACAUGAGGAUUGAUACAGAAGACCACAGGAAUGAAAGUGACCGUCCAGAUAGAAAUGAGUUCAAUGACAGGCGCCAUAGUAGAGAAGUACACCACUCUAGAGAUAAUAGGUCCAGCUCAGGAGAUAUACGGGAUGUGAGGAGACCAGACCACCGCCACAGUUCCUCGCAUCCUCAAGGUCAACGCACCAAGUCACCCCCUCCAGUCAAUAAUGCUCUUUCAGUUGUUCUACCACUUAUCUCUGAGUUACAGAGACGCCACCGUCAUAACUCCAGGGGAAAUGAUCCUCAUCGCACUGAUGCCAUUGAAGAGCUUAAGUCGGCAUUUGAGUCAGCAGAAAGAUCAAGUCCUGGUGUGACAGAUGCCUUCAUCCGUGACCUGUUUUCCAAAUUGCUGCCCAACAUGACUGAAGCGCGAGUCAGGCAAGCACAAGACAAUUUAAUGAGGUGAAACUCCAGUAAUAGAAAGUGAGGAUAGCGCUGGAGUUGUUUAAAGCAGUUUUAAAAAAUUAAAAAGUGACUGUGCAAGGAAGCAAAAGUUGGAGCAUCAUGAAAGACAGUGGCAUACAUUUUGCAAUAACAGAAUCGACUAUUCUCAGUGAAAGGACAGUGUCAUGAGUUAAACUUCCCCUGUAUUUUUUUUUAUAGUGACAUUGUUUAUCCUCAUUGAUAGUGCUCCUCUCCUGCUCUCAGGCACCAUAUUAUGCUCUUGAGUUAAUGAACAUGCUGACAGAGGGAAGAGUAACCACAUUACUUGGCAUCAACAGCUUGUACAGUGUAAAUGUUUCCCAAUAAUUCAUGGUUUGAUGAAAUAUUGUGACAAGGUGUCAAUGUACUCCUAAUGGAGGAUAAUGAGGUGUGCAUAAUGAAAUGUUGUGAAAAAACACAAAGCCUGAUGUGAGGACCUCUCAGCCUGUGUCUUGAUUGCAUACACCCUUGUCACUUGAGGCUACUUGAGGAAGAAAAUAAUAUUAUGUACAGUCUGAUAUCAGGUUGUACAUAUUUGCAUUUUUUACAAGAUAGACCUUACCAGCAUGAUGUCACUAGUCUGCUGAGGCCACAUGUUUAGGAAAAGGGAAGGCUAAACUCUUGUGUAUCAUACUAGUGUACAUAAUGUGUAUUUCAUUGAGGACCAGUGCAUCUGGAAUAUGUAAAUAGAAACUCCAUUUAUCUAUUUUCAGCCAAGUCUAGUGUGAUUGAAAUCAAUGGACUAUCACUCCCACCCUUCUCAUCCAUAUCAGUAGUCAGUGGCUGCUUAGAAUAUAAUUUUUGCAGAAAAUUUUGUUGGUGUAAUAUUUCACUUUAUUGAGCCGGUUUAGUCAUUUUGAAGGAGAGGGAGAUUUUGUAAGUUCAUUGAAUUUUUAAGCGGUUAUGAUCUUGGGACAAUGUAAAUUGUAAGUGAAAACAAAGAUGAAGAUGGCCAUCUUAUCUCAUCUGUGCUACAUGUCCCUUUGUGAUACUUGCCUCUUUGCAUAGUAGCCAAAGAUGUUACUAUUUAUUUUGUGUUAGAAGGCACUUCAUGAAGUUGUGUCAAAGACAUUGUAGGUUGUACCCUAUUUUUUCCUUGCUUUUGGAUGCAGAUUUUUAAUAUGACUUAUCAACAUUCCAUUCUUGGUGAUUUUCGUUUCUUUUUUAACUUCCAGAAGUUGGUGCAGCUUCUGGCCCAUUUCCUAUAUUUAUUUAUUAAACACACACACACACACACACACACACACACACACACAAAAGACACACACACAC